AACGGGACCUGGACCUGCGAGAAGUGAGUCUUUUCCCUUUACAAGCUUCGCUUCGAGAGAUUCAGCAACCGCUCGGUUCAACGACUAACGGCUAACGACUAACGAUCACGCAGCCCGUACGUUCUAGACACGCUCCUGAAAAAGGAGCUGGGUUUUCAGGGCUACAUUAUGACGGACUGGAACGCGCAGCACUCUACGGUCGAAGCUGCGACUUCCGGGCUGGAUAUGACCAUGCCCGGAACCGAUUUCAACGGCGGCUCCCAAUACUGGGGCUCGAAGCUGACCCAAGCCGUGAGCAGCGGUCAGGUUCCACAGUCGCGUCUCGACGACAUGGUACGCCGCGUCCUAGCGGCGUGGUACUUGCUUGGCCAGGAUAGCGGCUAUCCUGCGACCAAUCUGAAAGCUAACGUGCAAGGAACUCACAAGACGAACAUCCGCGCUACAGCGAGGGAUGGGAUCGUCCUCCUGAAGAACGAAGACGGUAUCCUUCCUCUCAAAAAGCCCAAGAAGCUCGGUCUGGUCGGCUCCGCCGCUGUUGCUAAUCCCCAGGGAAUCAACUCGUGUGUCGAUCAGGGAUGCAACACAGGUGCUCUGGGAAUGGGCUGGGGCUCCGGAACUGCUUCGUAUCCCUAUUUCAGCGCUCCCGCCGAUGCUAUCAAAACCAGGGCCCAGACCGACGGGACGCAGAUAGGCCUGUCCGCGUCUGACAGCACCAGCUCUUUCCGUUCGGCCAUAGACGGGGCUGACGCCGCUAUCGUGUUCAUCACCUCUGACAGCGGCGAGGGAUAUAUCACGGUGGAAAACAACGUGGGCGAUCGGAACAAUCUCGAUCCUUGGCACAACGGCAACGAUCUCGUCAAGGCCGUGGCGGCCACGAGCAAAAACGUGAUAGUCGUGGUGCACUCCGUCGGCCCCGUCAUCCUCGAGACCAUCUUGGCGCAGCCCAACGUCAAGGCGAUCGUCUGGGCCGGUCUCCCCUCUCAGGAGAACGGAAACGCGCUCGUGGACGUGCUCUACGGAGACGCGGCCCCUUCGGGCAAGCUGCCGUACACGAUCGCCAAGUCCGCCGCGGAUUACGGUACCAGUAGCGUCCGAGGAAACGACGAUUUCAAGGAGGGGCUGUACGUCGAUUACCGCAGAUUUGAUAAAGAAGGCAUCACGCCUAGAUAUGAAUUUGGGUUUGGUUUAUCAUACACCAACUUCACUUAUUCCAACAUCUUCGUCGAUGGGCGACCAACAGCCGGCCCCGCCACGGGAGAUAUCAUCCCCGGAGGCCACGCCGACCUCUGGGAGACCGUCGUAACCGUCACAGCCACGAUUACUAACUCAGGAGCCGUCCGGGGCUCCGAAGUAGCUCAGUUAUACAUAAGCUACCCGGAGUCCGCGACUGCACCUCCGAAGCAGCUUCGAGGAUUCGAAAAGCUGGCCCUGGAGCCUGGCGCGGAGGAUAUCGUCGCCUUUGAUAUCAAGAGGAGAGACCUGAGCGUCUGGGAUACGGCUAAGAAGAGCUGGGUAGUUCCUUCAGGCAUCUUCAACUUCACUGUCGGCGCGAGCAGCCGCGAUCUUAGACUAAGUGAUACGCUCGAAGUGCCGUGAUAUGGGGAAGACAAAGUGUCUUUAGCAGAUUCGUACCUACCUAAUAUAUAGUUACAUGUCGAUAGAGACGGGCGCUAAUAAGCAUUCUGCUCCUCGUGAAAA